AUGGCUUCUGCAAAGCUUACAGCGCUUCUAUCCUUUCUCUCCGACAUACCUCGAUAUAGGACUGAAAAGCCAUUUUAUGAACUUCGUCGACCUCCUGCUGGAUUUGAUUACGAAACAGCUACUGAAGCCGAGCUGGAAAGUCUCGCCAAAAAAGACAAUCUCGAGUUCUCCGAACAAGAUGUGCCUAUUGGUAAUAUCCGUGGAAGGGAAGCUAACUUCCGUCUGGAGACCUGCGGCUUUGAGAUUGUGCAUCAUGCCUCCCGGCUGACAGACCGGCUCAUGAUGUCCGCAGAAGCCAUCCAAGCUUACAAGAACGAGACGGAGGAACUCUUGCAAAAGAGGCUAACAGGUCCAAGCACAUGGCGCGGUCUGAUUCCAGAGAUAGAAGAUAACCCUCUCGCUGUCUGCGACUACCGAACGGUAGACAAUGGCGAUCUGAUCGCAGGAGAUCGACUUAUUCCUACCAGGAUUGGCGAGAUUUACUACGUCCGGCACAACCGCAAUCAGAAGUGGUACUGGCUCGAGAAGAUGAAGCCAGACGAACCCUUCCUCAUGAUUAUGUACGACUCGGAUGGGGGAAAAGGCGCCUUAUUGUGCCCCCAUAUCUCCUUUCAAAAUCCUGAAGCCCCGGAAACGGCCCAGGAACGAGUUAGCAUUGAGACUAGGACCAUUGUUAUCACAAGGAGGGAAGAGGAGCGCCUCUUGAGCGACCACAUAUCCUCCUGCUGA